AUAUCAAACGGUCCAAUACUGCCUAUAACAUUAAAAGGCUGUGGCAUAGAGCCAAGCGUUGAAUUUGGUUUCACUGAGUAUGAUUUCGGUCCACGUUUCCUUCACCAUCCUAACAUGCCUCCCAACGUCACGACCAUUUCCAUCACAAACAAGGAUGUGAAGGAGCUGAGUAUUGACUGCAAUUACAUUAAGAACCCAUACCUUGAUCUCCUCUUUGAGCCUCAGAUACUGGAGCCUGAGGAAUGCAUGGAGAUUGACUGCUAUUUCAGGCCUCAGGAGCCAAUCAGGUACUCAGAAAAUAUGGUGUUUGAGAUAAAUGGGAUUUGCAAGAAAACAGUUACCAUUACUGGACAAGGAGCACUUGUUAAGGUUGAGGCACUGCAGAAAGUGGUCAACAUUGGAGCACUGAUAGUCCAUGAGAAAUCCAGCAAGAAAGUUAAACUAGUGAACAAGAGUCCGUUAGCAGUGACAUUCACUGUUAAUAUUGUACCCAGUGCUCAAGUACCGGCACUGCAGGAGGCUGGAGUCCUCUCUGUCUCUCUCUGCCCUAACAAACUUCAGCAGUUAGGACCUGAUAAAGAGAUCACACUUAAACCAAAAGAGGCUGUAACCGCUGAAGUAUUGUUCUGUCCAACUAGUAGAGUCCCUCAAUUCUCUGAAGAGGUAAUAAUGGAGAGUCAUGGCCUCUCGUAUCCUUUGUUUGUUGUGAGGGGAUCAUGUCAAGGAUUAGAGAUAUCACUAGACUCUGAUCAUGUCCCGUUUGGUGCAGUUGUAAUGAACAGUAGGAGCUGUAGGCGUAUACUAAUGAUGAACACUGGGGAUAUUGGAGCCAAAUUUAAUUGGGAUGCUGAGAAGUUUGCACCAGAUUUCUCUAUUUUUCCAACAAGUGGCUACAUCUCACCUGGAAUGGAGGUUCCAUUUGAUCUGAUAUUUCAUCCGAGGGGAAUGCAGAGUGACAUUCGUUAUGAUAACCUCAAGUGCCACAUUGAAGGAGGCCGCCCACUCAAAAUUACACUCUCAGGAAUGUGCAUUGAGCAAGUGCCAUAUAAGGAAGUAUGA